ACUAGCAAUUAAGCAGACAAAGAAAUGGAAACUUGGAAGACUUAUCUUGGAGUUCUAGCUGUUCUAUUACAGGGUCCUGCGGAAGGAGUCCAACGGACCCAGGUGUCCAUUUAUUAUUCCACCUUGUGUACUGAUAGUAUUACGUUUUUCUCCAAACAACUGUGGCCUACAUACACAAAAAUCGGGAGCAUUAUGGACGUGGAGUUGGUGCCGUUUGGUAAAACAAAGCAAAAGCUUCCUUUUGAUGGGACCAAUUCUUUCGAAUGUCAAUUUGGACCUGCAGAUUGCUAUGGAAAUAUAGUUCAAUCAUGUGCGGUCUCUCUGCUGAACAAUUCCGAUUUAUCUGUCAAGUUUGUGGCAUGCUACUUUAACGACCCCUAUUCACCGAAUAGAGUAUUACAGUGCUCUCAAAGAUUUGGAAUUAACUACAAUUCCAUUCACCAAUGUGCUACAUCGAAAACUGGUUUUCAAUAUUUUCAUCAGAUGGGAGAGAAGACACGACGGCUCAGUCCUUCACUGUACUUCAUCCCGUGGGUGGUUAUCAAUGGGGAAUUUUCCAGUGAAAAUGAAAGUCAAGCUCAAAAGAAUUUGCUUUGUCUAAUAUGCGAUAAUUAUAAGGGUCAAAUGCCGGCUGGUUGUCAAACCUAGACCGAAUAGUAAAGAAUAGAACAACGGAAACGAAAUAUAUUUUUAAUACUUAAUUUGAUUCCUUGGACACAUAUUAUAAGUAACUCGUUACUCUUCUUAAUACAGUUUGUGAUCUAAUUUUGAAAAUAAAUUUUGGAAUUGAAUAAUUAUUCAACGAAACAACGUCAAGUAUCCAAAGAAUGAAAAUGUUUUGUUAGCACCCUUGUAUUCUUGGAAAUUUAAAAUAAAAAAGGUGUCUAAUCA